AUGGAAGCGAGGCGUUGGGCAGCGUCCAGCGCGCGGACCCUGGCGAGGCGCCUCCGCCGCCAGCGGCGGGAGGAGCUGGGGGGCACGCGCGCGUCGGCGCUGGCCCACCGCGUGCAGACGCUCAGGUUCGCCCUCGCCGAGCACUGGCGGCUGGGCGACGUGCUGGGCUGUCGCUCCCCCACGAUGGCGGAGGCGCUCGAGGCGGCUCGGGUUGUGGGGCUGCCGCAGGAGUGCCUUCAGACAGCGGAGGAGGCCCUGGGCGCUGGCAACUGGGCGCGGCACGCGGGGCCGCCCAAUGCUGCCGGGCGCCCGCCUCCCAUGCCGUCGGGGACGAGCUCAGACUUCCUUGAGAAGGUCCUCAAGGUGCAGUCCCUCCCGCUGAACGCGGACGCGGUGGCGUUCAGCUGCUGGGCGCCAGGGGGCUGGGGCAAGGCGGUGCAGGAGGGCCUUUACGAGGAGGGCGACGCGGAUGCAAUCGUGGAGGAGGGCGCCGAGCAGGCGUACACCCAGAGCGACGUGGACAUCCAGUGCGUGGGCGCGGAACAGGCCGCCGCGAAGGUUGCCGGGGCCGACGUCGGCGCAGCGCAGGAGGGCAGGCUCAUGGUGAACGGGGGCCGCUCUGGAGCCAACCUGGCCGAGGGCACGGGCGAGGCCGGUGCGCCGGCGUGCGCCGUCUGCGACUCGGAGGCCGGCUUGGAGGGCGGCGUCGAGGAGAUGAGCAACGAGAAGGAGGCGGGCGUGGCCAUGCAGCGCGGGUGGUGGGCCGCCAGGGCCAGAGUCUCGCGGGCCUGGCUGGGCGCGAAGGCCUCGGAAAGCAAUGACAUGGUGGAGCUCGAGGCGCAGGGCGUCGAGGGCUUCGCGGCGUCCGAAGGCAAGGGCAUCGACGCGCAGAAGGUGCGGCGCUUGCUGACGGGCAAGGAGAUGAGCAACGAGAAGGAGGCGGACAUGGCCAUGCAGCGCGGGUGGUGGGCCGCCAGGGCCAGAAUCUCGCGGGCUCGGCUGGGCGCGAAGGCCUCGGAGAGCAAAGACUUGGCGGAGCUCGAGGCGCAGGGCGUCGAGGGCUUCGCGGCGUCCGAAGGCAAGGGCAUCGACGCCCAGAAUGUGCGGUGCUUGCUGACGGGCAAGGUGAGAGAGUGA